AUGCCGAGUGGUUGCUACAUCAGAGCUCUCUGGAUUCUGAACAAUCAAGACUUUGUUGUUUUCUCCAGGAAGUUUCCGGUGGUAGAGAGAAGGUGGCGCGUGGCCUGUGAGAAGGACGCCGGCGAAAAUUUCAAGUAUCUUCCGUUGCCUUGUGAUUCCGAACUCGCGGCUGCUUUCAUUCAACGCAAGAAGAGGGAGGGGUCUGCUCGUGGAUUUGGCCUUCGUGUAAGUCAAUCUGUUAAAGGAUCAGAUUCAUGGAUCGAUGAUCCCAUUACUCGUCAUGUAAUCAGUCUUCACAUCAAUAAAGAAGAGAAAGGGGAGAACAGUUUUUUGUGGCCCCUAAUCUUGCAUAUAAAGGGUCCAUACUCUAUUCUCAUUUUGCCUUUGGUGGAGACUCAUCAUUUGAAAUCCUAUUCGAGGAUGUGCAAUAGCUCAGACUGCGGAAGUGCUGUGGGCGCAGAUGAGAAUUUGUCUUCCUUGCUCCUUGAUCUUCCAUCCAUCACAGGGGCACUCCAUGUGGCACAAACUAUUGGAGAGAUUGUUAUGGGAGAAUCAGUGGAGCCUGAAGUUGUUGUUGUUGCGUCUCCCUCGGUGGGAGGGUUGCUGGAUUCUCUCACUGGAAGUAUAGGAAUUUCUGGUAUUUCAGCCCGAGCAAAACCCAUAGCUACUCCUAUUGCAGCAUCCUCUGCAUCUGGGACUGCUGUGAGUGGAGCCGUAAUGUCUGAUGCUCCAAAGAUGGGUUCAAGGCCAUUAGACAAAGAAGUACUUCGGUUGUUCAUCACUAGCGCAAUGCCCUUUGGUACUCCACUGGAUCUCAGCCACUCAAAUAUCUCUGCCAUCAGGACCACCGGAUUUUCUCCCGCGGAUAUUCCUCCUCCAGACCGGAAGCAGCCAGCCUGGAAGCCUUAUCUCUACCGUGGCAAGCAAAGGAUACUGUUCACGAUCCACGACACUGUGCACGCUGCCAUGUAUGAUCGUGACGAGAUCCCAGACAGUAUCACAAUUUCCGGUCAGGUCAACUGCAGAGCCGAUCUAGAAGGUCUUCCUGAUGUCUCGUUCCCGUUGACCGGUCUGGACUCUGCCCAUGUUCAGUCCCUGAGCUUUCACCCCUGUGCCCAGGUCCCAGAGCAUGCCGGUGACAAGCAGGCUGUAACUUUCUCGCCACCGUUGGGGAAUUUCGUCUUGAUGCAUUACCAGGCACUAUGUUCCGUGGGUCCUCCAGUGAAGGGGUUCUACCAGCUCUCAAUGGUUUCAGAAAACGAGGGCGCAUUUUUGUUCAGACUGAGCCUCGCAGAAGGUUAUAAGACCCCCCUGACGAUUGAGUUCUGUUCGGUGACCAUGCCUUUCCCUAGGAGGCGUGUGGUCUCGCUUGACGGGACGCCUUCGGUUGGGACAGUUUCGUACACCGAACACUCAGUGGAGUGGAAGUUGGUCACAAAUACGCGGAGUGGCUCUGGAAAGAACAUAGAGGCGACUUUUUCUGGAACAGUUAGGUUUACUCCGUGGCAGGCUCAGAGAGCGAUGUUAUCUGGGUCUGGGCAUGUGAGUUUGGCUGAUGAGGAUAGUGAUCUCGAGACUGAGGCUGGUGGUGGUAGCAUGGUUAAUGUGGAGGAUCUGAUAAUGGAGAAAAUGAAUAAAGAUCUUCAGGCAGCUGAUCUGGAGGAGCCUUUUUGCUGGCAGGCGUACAAUUAUGCGAAAGUUUCUUUCAAGAUGAUUGGACCUCCAUUAUCAGGAAUGUCUAUUGAUCCUAAAUCUGUAAGUGUAUUUCCUGCAGUCAAGGCAACUGUGGAAAUUUCGACUCAGGUUACAUCUGGGGAUUACAUUUUGUGGAAUACGUUGGGAAAAUGUCCCGUUGCAGCCAUACCAGAUGCAUAA